ACUAUUCUAUCAGCCAUGGCUUAUAAUUACCCUCCCAAGAAGCUAAGUGUCUACCUCUCUGAUGAUGCUGGGUCAGUUCUGACCUUUUAUGCUCUUUGGGAGGCGUCUCAGUUUGCAAAGCAUUGGCUUCCAUUUUGCAAGAAAUAUAAUCUGGAGCCACGAUCACCAGCCGCCUAUUUUUCCAAAUCAUGCAACUCGCGCGAUGCAUGCAACCCCAUUGAAUGGUCUUCCAUGAAGAGUCUAUAUGAAGAGAUGGCAGAUCGCAUCGAUACGGUGAUAAUGUUAGGCGAGAUCCCUGAAGCACUCAAAGCAAAUAAAGGAUUUUCUGAAUGGAGUUCGGGGAUGACUUCAUGGAAUCAUCCACCCGUCGUUCAGAUCUUAAUUGAUGGAAGAGACCAAGAUGCAAUAGACGACGAUGGCAAUGCAUUACCAACUUUGGUGUAUAUGGCACGAGAGAAGAGACCUCAGCAUCAUCAUAACUUCAAAGCAGGGGCUAUGAAUGCAUUGAUAAGGGUGUCAUCAGAGAUAAGUACCAGCCCCAUCAUCCUCAACAUGGAUUGCGACAUGUACUCGAACAACUUAGAGUCCAUCAGACAUGCAUUGUGCUUCUUCCUGGAUGAAGUGAAGAGUCAUGACAUCGGCUUUGUCCAAUAUCCUCAAUUCUUUGAUAACAUCACCAAGAAUGAUCUCUAUGGCAAUUCCGUCAAUGUGAUCAAUGAGGUGGAGCUCCCUGGCUUGGAUAGUUGGGGAGGGCCUCCGUAUCUUGGCACUGGAUGUUUCCACAGAAGAGAGAUCCUUUAUGGGGGGAGGUAUAGCAAGGACUAUAAGGAAGACUGGAAGAGAGGCGCCGAGAGAAAAAUGGCAAAAUAUGCUUGCAUACUAGAAGAGAAGGCAAAGUCUCUUAUUACUUGCACCUAUGACCGCAACACCCAAUGGGGACAAGAGAUCGGACUGAAAUAUGACUGUGCUGUGGAGGAUGUGAUCACGGGUCUAUUAAUUCAAUGUAGGGGUUGGAAGUCCAUCUAUAAUAUCAAUCCUUCAAGAAAAGCCUUUUUAGGAGUUGCCCCCACAACACUGGUGCAGUUCAAAAGAUGGAGCGAGGGGACUUUCCAAAUCUUUCUUUCCAAGUACUGCAACUUCAUACUUGGUCGCGGCAAAAUCAAGCUAGGACUACAGAUGGGUUACUGCAUUUAUUGCUCGGAAAUUAUGGGUCUUGAGCCAUUAUUCAUUCAAAUUCUUCUCUGCGGACUGGUGGUAGUCAUCCAUUUGCCCAUCUAUGAAGCUCUUUUCAUCCGAAAAGAUAAAGGCAGCCUACCCCUUUCUGUCACAUUUCUAUCCCUUGGUUUUGCGAUGUUGGCGUCUCUGCUAACCAUACCAUAAAUCAUAAAAGUGCAAUUGGGGGUUGGUUGGUUAAACCACCCUAGUGUUU